AUGGCGGCGAUAUGGGGCAACGCCGGACAGGGCGGGCAGUUCCCUCUAGAGCAGUGGUUUUUUGAGAUGCCACCUUGCACGAGGUGGUGGACGGCUGCGACAGUGGCAACCUCUGUGCUGGUGCAAUUGCAUGUUCUCACGCCUUAUCAAUUAUUCUACAGCUUCCGUUCGGUGUUUAUCAAGUCGCAGUACUGGCGACUCAUCACCACAUUCCUUUACUUUGGCCCGUUAAACCUGGACCUGGUAUUCCACGUCUUCUUCCUCCAACGGUACUCCCGGCUACUAGAAGAAUCCGCCGGCCGCUCUCCUGCUUUUUUCUCCUGGCUACUCCUAUACGCAACCUCGAUACUACUCCUCGUUUCACCCUUCGUCUCGCUGCCAUUCCUCGGCUCUUCUCUCUCAUCUAGCCUGGUGUACAUCUGGGGCCGACGGAAUCCAGACACGAGACUAAGCUUUUUGGGCCUCCUCGUCUUUACAGCUCCAUAUCUCCCCUUUGUUCUCAUGGCGUUUAGCUUGGUUGUGCAUGGAACGAUUCCAAAGGAUGAAAUCUGCGGGGUCGUGGUUGGACAUAUUUGGUAUUACUUUACGGAUGUGUAUCCAUCCAUGUACGGAGGAGUUCGGCCCCUAGACCCUCCGGCUUGGUGGAGGCGAUUGUUCGAGACAGACACCCAAAACCAACGAGCGACAGAUGCAGCACAUAUAAACAAUGACAUUGCUGCCGUCGCCGCGCGGGAAGUGAGAUGA